GUUGUGCGCUGCUGUGGCCACAGCCCCAGGGACAUCCGUGCAGAGACUGGGACUGGAGGAGAGAGCCAGAGACCCAGAGAAACACACAUGGCCCCAGAGACGCCCAGCCACAGGGAGAGACAGACCCAGGCAGGGCGUGGGUCUCCAUCCUUGCCCUUCCUGUCCUCUGCAGCCACCCAGCCUCUUGGUCACCUAGCACGGUGGCUCCCAAUCACUCCAGCAUGAGACACCCGCCCUCCAGGCCUGGAAGCCCCUGCACACUGUCCCCACGUCUGUCCUGCACGGCGUAGCCUCAGCAGAGGGUCCCGGAGGGCCAGCUCCGCCAUGGACUGUAGCUGCGUCUCCGACCUUCUCUUCGCCCCACCUGCCCUGCCGGCUCUCUGGACCCCCGGGUUUGCCUUCCCGGAUUGGGCCUACAAGCCGGAGUCGUCCCCUGGCUCGAGGCAGAUCCAGCUGUGGCACUUUAUCCUGGAGCUGCUGCAGAAGGAGGAGUACCAGGGCGUCAUCGCCUGGCAGGGGGACUACGGGGAGUUCGUCAUCAAGGACCCUGACGAGGUGGCCCGGCUCUGGGGCAUCCGCAAGUGCAAGCCCCACAUGAAUUAUGACAAGCUGAGCCGGGCCCUGCGUUACUACUACAACAAGCGCAUUCUGCAUAAGACCAAAGGGAAGAGGUUCACCUACAAGUUCAACUUCAGCAAAGUCGUGCUUGUCAAUUACCCUCUGCUGGAUGUGGCAGCCGCGGCCACUGGCUCCCCACUCUUGCUGACCCCUGGUCCUUUUGGGGGUGCCCCUGGGCCAGAUGCUCCUCCCCUCACCCCCGAGACCCUGCAGACCCUGUUCUCAGCCCCACGCCUCGGAGAGCCCGGGGCCCGGACGGCCCUGUUCACCCCUGAGACGGACAAACUGCGUCUGGACAGCCCCUUCCCGUUCCUGGGCUCUGGUGCCACCGGCUAUUCCAAGCCCCCUGGCCUGCUGGGUCCUUACAGCCGCGCCUUCCCUGAGUGCCCCUGGAACUUUAACCCGUACUUCACGGGCCCCUUCCCCAAGCUGCCCCCGUCUCUCUACCCCCCCUUCUACCCCAACCCUCUGGCCAAUUCCCUGGGCCACCUGCCCGCUGCAGGGGCUGGGGGAGGCCCCACGGCUGCACCCCUACUGGCUGCGACUGGGGAGAGCCUGAGCCCCGAGCGCCCCUCAGGUCUGGCAGCGGCCCCUCGCCUGGCACUGCCAGGGACCGGGGGUUCAGAGCCUGCACUGGGCGGGAAGGACGACAGCGACUCGGAGCUGGAGAUUACCGACGUCAGCGCCUGCAGCUCCGACAGUGAGGGGGACGAGGGCCUCCUGGUACCCGCCAAGGCCAAGGAGGGCAAAGGGGGUACUGGCAGCUGAGCCGAUGUGGGGUGACGGAUUCUGCCAAGGCGGGGACCAGGAGGGCCACCUUUGGAGCCUCACCCACCCAGUCUGCCCUCCAUGCCAGCCCAAGGCCCAGGACUAGCCCGUGGCACCCGCCCAGGGCCUAGUGUCCUCCUUCCCUAGCCCGGCUGGGGGGUUUCACCUCUAGCUCCAUGGAAUGGGGAAGGAACAUGAAGGCUUCCAGCCUCCUUCCCAGGCUCCAGUUCGAGGGGCCCCCGCCUGGCCCCACUCCGAAAGUGCAAUAUGGCGCUCAGCCUCCCCUGCCUGCCCCUGUGCUGUGACCUGUGUUUGUGUGGCCGUGUCUCUGACCCCUGUGACGGCCCCAUCCUGGUACCCUCCCACACAGGCCCCCCUGGGGACAGGGAGCUCAGAGCAAUAAUCCCGCCCCCAGCCCCCACCCAGGAGGGGCCCUCUCCCCACUAGCUCCCUGCAACACCCCCGACAGCCACCUCCAGAGUUUACUACAAAAAUAAAAGAAAGGAAAGUGA